AUGGCGGUCACGGAAGCAGAGAUGCGUGAGAGAGUCAACAGUGCCGAUGCCGAUUUGCAAUAUGUCUUGCAGGAGGCCGGGGCAUCCCUCGCCACACAAUAUGCAAUUCCAGGCAACACAGACUUUGGAGUGCCAGCAGACACACCCGCAGGGCGCCAGCAAACGGCUGCCAUAGUGGCAGCGUGGGAACUUGCCACAGAGAUUAGCUCUAAAGAAAUAGAACUCCGGGCAGAGGCCCGUGCUCUCAAUCAGCCCAGAAUUUUGCAGACCCAGGAGAGGCAGGCCAUGCUGCGCGCGGUUUCAGCAGCAUAUGGCAAGCUUAACGAAGCCGAGACACCUAGCCCAGAAUACUUGGCUUUGAAAGCAGAAGAGACCGAGCAGAAUGAACCAACUGCUGCACAGCUUGAUGCCAUCACUUCGAAGCGAGAUUCUCAGACAGCCACCAUCCAGUCUAGUGUGGAUCCUGCUGGACAUUUGCGCAUCACGAAAACCAAACAGAAAGUCGAGAUGCCUCAAAACUCUGAAGCUUACCGGAGAGUCUUGAAGAUUGAGGGUUACUCUUGGUUGGCGAUGCAGUCCAGGUAUAAAUCCAAGACUUGGUUUCAAGGUUUGACGAUGGCAGAUUUCACCAAGUUCGUCGACUACAUUCUCGGCGAGCGGGUCGCUGGCCUCAGAUUGGAGCAGGCCACGGGCUACGACAGUAGCCACAAUGCACUCUUCCGUCCCCCAUGGGGGAUCGUACUUCGCUAUGAGUACAAGUUGAGGAAAGAAGCGGUCAGGCUAGUCAAUGAUGAAGGUCAGACGCUUCAAGAUGCUUUGGCUGCUGCAUACCUUGCAUUGCAGUCGGGGGUCAGCGAGUGCAGGGGAUACGAGUUUCACGAUCCCGACUUGAUGACUGAUCGGUUUUGGGAUUCAAUUCUUCAGUGCUUGUGCCAGGGAGAUUGGAUUUUCUUGGCGAGUCCACCACUUGAAACCAUGUCGCGGGCUAGGCACAAACGGCCAGGACCGGCCCCACUCAGGUCGGAAGCAUGGCCCACAGGUUUUCCAUGGUUGUCUGAUGACAAUAGAAUUAAGGUUGAUAAGGCAAAUUCCUUGUUCCAGCGAUGUGUAGAAGCUGCAUCCGCCUGUGCAUCCGCAGGAGGCUGCUUUGUGCUUGAGAGCCCUGAGGACCUGGGUGCCACCAAGGACGGUGAGCGGCCGGCGUCAUUUUGGCAGUUACCUCAGGUGCGCGACUUGCAAGUUCAGCAUAAUGCCACAACUUGGGCAUACUUCCGUUGUGAAUUCGGUGCACCCACCGCUAAGCCCAGCCGCUUCCUCUGCAAUUCCGAGCGGCUGAAACAUCAGCUGCCACCGUACAGCAUCUGGCCCACAUUUGAUGCUCAAGGCCGCUACGUGGGCCCGCUUCCACCACACUGCCCUCACAGCCAUCAUCCAAAGCCUUUGGUGGGUCGCCAAGGUCGUGAUUGGAAUACGGCCUCCUCUGUCGAGUGGCCGGCGGCUCUGUGUGAACACCUCCUGCAUUCCAUCCUUCCUUCGGUGCUGCGCACAAGGGGAGACGCAGGAAGGAAUGCUGGCCCACCGAAGGGUCUUGGUUCUAGCACUGCCGGUAGUCCCUUGUCCUCCCCUGCAGUUCCCUCCAUUUCGGUAUCCCCGGCUGCUAGUGGUUUAGGCCCCCAGGCAGAUAGUGGUGUAGGCCCCCAGGCUGGGGCAGGCCCCGAUUCGUCGGAGGCCCAUGCACACAACGCCGAGGCUUUAGCUUGUGAGAUCCCUUCGAAAGACGAGGCGCCUCGCGCCGAAGAAGUGUCAGCUCGUGACCCCGAGGGCCGCAUCCCGAGCUCUUUCUCCACGGGUGCCUACAACAAUGGAGGCUUGACAGGCCUGAAAAAGGCAUGCCACCAUUUCCCGCUGGCCACCAAGUGCUUGGUCCGUUUUGUUCGGAGUUUGCGUCCUUUCCAUCCUUUCAGCACCAUCAGCAUGUACGACAAUGUGUGCACUGCCCUCCACAAGGACAGCCGUAAUGCUUGCUGCGAGAACUUGAUAAUCCCUCUUACCCAGUUUUCCGGGGGCGAGUUGUGGCUGCAACAAGACAAUGGUGCUAUACCGCAGACCUUUGGAGGCUCUGAAGUGUUUGGGACGGCCGUGCCGAUUCCCACCGAAGGCCUCUGCUUCGAUGCUCGUGGCAUCUUGCAUUGCACCAUGCCUUGGAAGGGCCGCCGACUGGUUGUCGUUGCAUUCACGGUGUCGAAGACUGAGGAGCUGAAGCCUUCGGAUGCGCAUCUUCUUGAGGACCUUGGAAUCAACUGCCCUUUAGCCAUGGACCAGCAAGCAGACGAUGUCUUCAGACCAGAGCUUUGUGGCAACUUCGGAAAUCCCUUGAUGCUGGAGUGGGACGGGAGAGAGUCGCCUAUCACUGACGGCUAUGGUCUUUGUUCUCCAACGCGUUGGCAUCCUGCCUCCCGUGGAGCAUCACUACCAAAGCAAUCAAAGGACCUGUCAAGACGCUUGAAUGGCUUGGUGCGGCAGUUUGUCGCAGAGCAGGUGCCCGACUGCCAAUUGCUGGCACUCAAGUUGGCCACCGGGCAGAUUCUGGAAUCGCCUUUUGAUGAAGGUGCGAUGCGACGCCUUCGCGAGGACUGGGCUGCACUUGUAUGUGAGACUGACGGAGCCAAACACGAAGGUUUGCUGGAAGUUCCUGAUCCACAGCCUUUCUAUCUUCGGACAGAUGCAAAGUGUGCCUACGGAUUCGUCGUGUUGGCCGGUUGGGAGCUAAGUGAUGACACUAAGACUUCUAAGUGGUUUUCGCUGCGCUUGACACCGGGUGAUGCACCGUACUUGUUUGAUCAGGAGGGAAAAUCACAAUGGGCAUCAGGCUCAGCAGAACUGCUGGCAACAUUGGCGGCUCUUCACAUUUUCGGAUACUUGACAGCCUCUGUGGACAGAAAGGAAUUGGACGUUGAGUGCGCCGCGGACACAGACAAUCAGGGCAACUCGAGAUUGCUCAAGAAGGGGUCAUCAACAAAGUGGCCCCUCAUGUUGAUCAAGAUGCAGUUGUCUGACUUGCUUCUUCGCUCUUCCUUGAAGCUCCUCCUACGGUGGAGGCCGCGCGAUGAGAAUGAGUACGCGGACCAACUUACAAACGAGAUUUUCACCAACUUCUCGGACGAACAUCACAUUGCAUGCACAUACUCGGAUUUGCCCCUUUCGCUUCUGCAUCAGUUGUGGGAGACCAAAGAAAGCUUCGACUCAGCACGAAGGGCUCAGGCCGUGCUGCCACAGGAUGCCUCGGGGCAUCGUCCUCAGAAGAGGAAGGCAGAGAAAACUCCUUGGUAG